GUCAAUAAGUAGUCAUUACAUCAAACUGCAAAAAAUCCCACCAAACUGCACAAAAUUCAACAAAAAUCCGGACAUAAACUGUGACCAUGAGGGAGCACUUAUAGUCUAGUUUUAAAUAUCAUGCAGUUUAUUUUGCAAAGAUAAGACCAAACAAGAAUCCGGUAAUUGCCUAGGUGCUGUCGGUGCUUCGUUCUCCGGCGAGGUAGUUCGGCCAAAAAUGAUCUACUCUCAACUAAGAAGAGAGAAAAUUUCCCUUUUUUCAGUCUCUGAAACCCUUCAUGUCCUAGAGCUGUAUUGUAAAAUCAGAAGGCAAAAAUAGCCAUUCGGUUGUUGCCUACAUUUCACAAAAAAUUCCUCAAAGUUCUGGAGCUGCUACUUCCGGUCUGCACGCCGUUUCAAGAAUCUCCGUGAAGAAGUAGCAUAAGGUCGUUGAAUUUGAGGUUUUUCAAAUGUUCAAAAACAAGAUGGGGGGAGCAUUUUUAGGCAUGCCAGGAUCAUGGGCAGGUCAUAUACACGAAGCUGCUGAUCAUUAUACAACAAAAAUCGGUGGACUUCCUGAUUGGCCUAUUCCUCUUCCUACCACAUGUGUUGAUUUGCUCAAAUGCAGUGCUUGCAAAAACGAUUUAUGUCUUCUUGCACAGGUUUAUGCUCCAAUUUCAAAGAAAAAUUUGAACAUUGAAGAGCGUGCAAUCUAUGUUUUUGGUUGUUUGGCGCCAGAAUGUGGGAGUGCUCCUGUAAGCUGGAGAGCUAUUAGAAUCCAAAAGUCUCUAAGCAGUGAAGGUUUAAAGAGCCAGUCUUAUAAGGAUGUCGCUUCACCUGUAUCUUCUGUAUCAGAUUCAAAGAAAGACCGGAAGAAGGAUAUAUGGACAUUUGACUCUUCGGAAGAGGAUGAUGAUGAUGACAUUGAUCUUGCUGAGUUGGCUAGGGCAAUUUCUGAAGCUGCAUCCGUGGCUUCUCACUCCAAGAAACAAAUCCGUGGUCAUGAAGUAACGGCAGAAACUUCAACCCCUGACCUCGCGAUUAGAGAACUUGAUGAAAAAACACCAGUGAUUCCGUGCUUCUAUAUAUAUGCUGAGGAAGAGAAACUUUCCAAAAAGGAUGCUUCUGUCAGUUCAAAAAGCAUCUUAUCUCCAAUCAAGGACAAAGAAGAUGAUCCUGAUACUCCAGAAGAAACAUGGGAGGUGGAAGAUUACGAGUAUGAUAGGGCAUUGAAUGCUGACCGGAUUUACCUUAAGUUCAAAAAGCGAUUAGAUGCGUAUCCAGAGCAAUGUUUCAGAUACUCAUAUGGUGGAAAGCCGCUUCUAGCUUCUGGACAUGCUGUUGAUCCGGGGACGUGCAGGCUCUGUGGUGCGUUACGUCAUUAUGAGAUGCAACUGAUGCCUCCGUUGCUAUAUUUUCUGCAGGAAGCAGUCAGCGAGAAAGAGAGACCUGUUUUGGAUAAUUGGAAUUGGAUGACUUUAGUAGUCUAUACUUGCUCACAGAAUUGUUCAGAGUACCGUCUGGAUAACUCUAGUGAGGAUGGCUGGAUUGUGGCUGAGGAAGCUGUUGUCGUACAAUAUGAAUAGCAUCGCUUAGAUAAACCUAACGAUUGCUUAAGGUUUUGUGAUCUUUUAGUAUAUUUUCGUCUUACUUAGUGUAUGCUAGCAUGGCUGUCAGUCAUUAGAGCCAAGGGCGGCUUUCUUUUUGCUUAUAUUAUUUUUUUGAGUUCGCUGGUACCUGGUACGAGUUUCGUGUACUUGAGAUGUAAAUUGUCAAAUGGCCCCAAUAUAUUGGGUAGGCAAUACAAUUAUAUCUGUUGUUAUAAACAAUGCUCGAUUCUGCGUGGAUUCUUUA